AUGGCACGACCCUCAGCGUUUACGAUUCCGUCGUUCGGCCCCUACGACGCUGACGGCGCGUGGGCGAUCGAGCAGCGAGGCGUCGUGCCCGACGUCGUCGUCGCUAACGCGCCGGUCGCGACGUCGCGAGGCGGCGACGCGCAGCUCGACGCCGCGAUCGAAGUGCUGAACAAGAAGCUCGCGGAGGCGCCGGCGAAGGGGAAGGUGCCGAUUAAGCCGACGUAUCCGAACCGGUCGUUCGACGCGAAGACGUGCGAGGCUGGAGGGGACGGAAGCGCGAAGGAGGAGGGCGGGGGAGGGGAGGACGCGAAGGCGGCGAAGGCGGUCGGCGCGUGA